GUUUUUGUACAACGACCGGGCUGAAUUCAGAGUAACGCCUCGGUUUGUGAGCACUUUGAGAUUCUGCCCCAAGUCUUCCGACGAACGACCCAACCAUGAACCUGGAGCCCCCUAAGUCCGAGAUCAAGUCAGCGACCCGUGUCACUGGUGGGCCGGCCACGCCACGAAAGGGACCACCCAAAUUCAAGCAGAGGCAGACCCGCCAAUUCAAGAGCAAGCCCCCUAAGAAGGGUGUGCAAGGAUUUGGAGAUGAUAUCCCUGGCAUGGAGGGCUUAGGCACUGACAUCACUGUCAUCUGCCCAUGGGAAGCCUUCAACCACCUGGAGCUUCACGAAUUAGCCCAGUAUGGUAUCAUCUGAGUCUUCAAGUUACCUUAGUCCUGUUUACAUUUUAACCCUUCCACUCUCCCACAAAAUUGUCCUCGAUCCACUGUUUCGGAUCUUACUGGAACUGUCCAUUUACUCACUUUAUGGAGAAAAAAAAAACAACAGCAACACCAAAAAAAAUGGAAAAAGAAAGAAACGUUCUUAAAAUAUCAUCUAUCUUUCCUUUCUGGUUUCCUUUUUGCUUCUUGCAGCUCAUGUUCAUAAACAUUCUUGCUAUUACUAGAAGGAUUCACAAAGUUACAAGCGUUCCGGUGUGUGCCGUUGUCAUAGAAACCAACCAAACAAUUCCCUUUCUCUGCAAUGCACUUUCCUGUCGCCUUCCUCUCCAUUUCCUGUGAAAUGAAACAUGACACUUACGCGAGCA